GUUGCUCUUUCUCCCAACUCACUGACUCCCUCUCAACGGACCGGAUCACUUCUCCAUUUCUCUCCCCUCCCUCCUACAAAACCUCCCCUCUCCACUCUGGGACAAGCAGUUUCUCCUGACCAUCAAAGAACGACCUUCAAGGGACUCUGAGGCUUCCCCAGGUCCCUAAACCCUUUCUCUGCCGGCUCAGCUCCUCAGAGACCAGGCUCUGUACUCCUUCUCUCCCCCCCAGCCUUCCUGCACUGAGGGACCAGACCUCCAGCUCCUUCACUCAGCGGGGACGUUGGAGCAAACCAUGCCCUCCGACUUUCUAACGCCUUUCCUGGAACUAGAUGAGGAGUUCUUCAAGAAUUUCCGCGGCCUGGAGGCAACAGAUGGCUCACUCCCCGGCUCCCUGCCACCGCAGCAGCAGAGCCAGAGAGUCCUGGGCUUCCAGCGCCGACACUCCCUGUGCCCUGUGACCCUCCCCAACUCCAAGUUCAACAGCAGCAGCAGCAGCAGCAGCACUGAGGUAGCUGACUCGGCCGGGUGGGGGUUCAACAUGUCCUCCCCCCAGCAGUGGAGCCAGGACAGUCAGCUCCCCCGCUCCUCGCUCAGCCACAUCCCCUUCAGAGUGGACCGCUCGGUCAGCAUGAUCGAGGGCCACAGCCUGGCAGCCAGAGAGGAAAAACUGGCUAACUUGACCCCCAAGGUGCUGCUCCCCCCACCAGGGUUCUGCCUCAGCAGCACCUCUCUUUCUUCCAUUGCCUCCCCCUCUGACGCCGUUUCCCCGGUAUCUCCCCCUCACAUCUCCACCCGGUACAAGACCGAACUCUGCCGCACCUAUGAGGAAAACGGGACCUGCAAGUACGGGGCCAAGUGUCAGUUCGCCCACGGCAUGGAUGAGAUGAGGGGCCUCAGCAGGCACCCCAAGUACAAGACGGAGCCAUGCCGCACCUUCCACACCAUCGGCUUCUGCCCGUACGGCGCCCGCUGCCACUUCAUCCACAACGCAGACGAGAUGCUGGACGGCAGUGAGGGCCCCCCACAGAAACACAAGACGAGGCCCCCCCUGCGCCACAGUGUCAGCUUCGCAGGCUUCUCCUCCGCUCCACAGACUUUUCAACCAGUGGAGGAGUCGCAGCCUUCCUCCUUCCUCUUCACCCGGGCCUCCUCAGUCUCCCCUCCUCCCUCCUCCACAGUGAGCCCAGAGCUCCUUUCCCCCCUCUUCCCUGAGCAGGGGUCCCUGAAGCAGUGUCCUUACCCCUUUUCUGGGGUCCCUGACCUGGCUGGUGACAGCGGGGACUCAGCUCUGCGGUUCUAUGCGGUGACCGAUUCUAUCAGCUCCAAGUUUGCCGCCUCCACUUUCACCUCCAAGAACCCCAACCUCUCCUAUCUCCUCCCCCAGCAGCUGCCCGUCUCCCUGCACAGUCUGCAGCGCUGCUCCUCAGCUGAGUCCCUCUCUGAGGAGGGCUACACCUCCUCCUGCUCCCUCAGCUCGGCCUCCAGCGGCACAGAGUCGCCAAGCUUCGAGGGCCGACGCCUUCCCAUCUUUAGCCGACUGUCCGUCACAGACGAGUAGGGAUGGUUUACUGCAGGGCUGAGUUUAGUGGGGGGCGGGCGGUCUUAUGGUUGAAAUCUAUGUGACGAGGAUACAUUUUUUUGUGUCCAGUCCAAAAACAAUAACCCAACACAAUAUAGGUUGUAAAUAUGGCUCCUGUAUCACAACUACUUUUGAAACCGUUGGGAUACAAGUCGCUUUAGAUGCAAACAUUAGUGUUUCAGCCCCUCCCUGAAUCCAGCCGGGUAAGAGUACCUAACUUUGUGCAUAUUGCAUUUCUCAUCCAAGCAGUUGUAGCGCUGCUCAGUGUUCGUCCAGUUUUAGCUGACUCCUUUUUUGUUUUAUUGUUAUUUUUUAAAAGUUGUUAUUGUUUGCCAUUGUUACUGCUGUAUACUGUUGUAUACCAAUUUAGAGAAUAUUUUGAGGGUACUUCACUUGCCUCUGUAUUUUCCCUUAUGCUUUCCAACUCAGAGGGGAGUUCUGUGUGAGAAUUCCCCAUACCCUGAUGAAGUCUGAACAUUAAUGAUGUAUGCCCUGUGCCUGACUGGAGAGCAACUCUUUUAGUUGUUUGCUCACAGCUGGCUUAUCUUUUUUGUCCUUGCAACAAUGUGUAGUGAUGUCAGCGUAAGAGGAUGUGUGCUGUAUGCUGUCACUGAUUGAUCCCUUGAUUGGCUGUGGCCACCUGAUUGUAUGUGUCAGCCAUAUUAACUGUCUGGCAAAGAUAUAGCUAAACUAAACCUUAGCAACAAAAACAGCAUGUAGGCACCCCACUGACUCUCUAGUUACCAAAGUUGAUGUUAGAGUUCCGCUAACCUAGUAAUGCUAGCCUAGCCUUUUACCAGCAGGUAAUAUACAGUUUAUGAUCAUUGAUAUUAUAGCUAACAUUUUUCUAGAUGUAUUUAUUGUUUUUGUAUAUGUUGAUAGGUGUGCUUUGUCUCUGUUCAUGCUGUGUUAUAAUUCCAGAGAAACUAUGCUUUAUUUUGCAUUCAUGAUGGCCAUCUGCUCGGUUUAUGCUAUCUAGUAGCUUUAAUGAGGCUAGCGGAGGGGAGAAAAAGGGAGGGAGAGACACAUUUUUGGCAUUCUAUAAGUACGUAUGUUGCCUUAUUGGCUGAUUGGCCAGCAGAAAUCAAGACUCACUGAGUGAACACCAUGAGCAGCUCCAUGUGUAAGUUAGUGGUUAUCAAUGUGCAACUAGAGGAGCCUUCUGAUGAUACUCCACUGAAACGUCUGGGAUCAGUACUAGCCAUGCUGCUGCUGCUGGUGUCAGCACACAGUGAGUCUGCUCCUCUCCAAUAAGCCUCACACCUCUGACUGUAAUAACCUUGUUUUUCUGUUUGUUUAGUGAUGUUAUCUCUUUACAAAGCAAAAUGGUGUUUGAAGAGUGGUUCAUGACCUUAGUGUGAGUCAGCAGUUAUAAAUUAAAAUAUGUUUAUUUUUAGAUCAUCAGUUCAGUGGCAGCACAACUAUCAAAUGAGAAGAAGAUGUUUUAAAAGAGUGUUCAUAUGUCGUUGUGAAUGUUGCGUUAUCUGAGAAUCUGGACUGCUGUACCGCAUUAGGUCGUCGUGUAUGGAAAUUCUUACGCUCUUUAAAUCCUGUUUGCUAUCUUCUAUUGUGAUGUAAACAGAGAGGUGACCUUUGUUUACUGUUGAAUUGUAUCUAUCAGAGUUGCCUUGAUGACAAUGUGUUUGUAGGUCGACCUUGCACGCUAGCUAGCUAGCUGACUGUGAGCGGCAGGGGAAAUCAAGACUGUUAUUGUUUGUGCUUGUGGAGAAAUGACCUGGACCCGCCUGAGGAGUCCAGAGACUGUUGUUGCAGCCUGUUGUUACCCUGACCUGGCAACAAGCAGCUUUUGUAACUUUUGUUAACUUAAAGUCUUAUUUAUUUUGUUUUUCAACGCAAAACCUAUAUUGUGGUGUUUGGUAUUGUGUCUCUUGUUUUACAUAAUUUAAGUGCAUUUAUUGUUUACAUUCCAUGGGUUAUGUUCACAUGCUGGCUCUUUAUCUUAAUAUAUUUGUCCCAUUUCAUUUCAAAAUAAACAUCUUUGAAAAAUGA